ACCCAAUUCAAUUUCAUCCAUGUGGUCGAGUGACUCGCAGAGCCACCUGGAGUCGUCUCCGCCGUCGUCCGGCAGCAGCAGCAGCACCCCCGACAUUGCUGCCGCGCCAGACCAGCCCCUGCUGCACCACCACGCAGCCGCUGCAGCAGUGACUGAAUCGACCCCGGACGACCAGCAACGAGCGGGAGCGCAUUCACCCGCCUCAAGAUUAAAUAUCCGCCCUCAUGGCGCCACCACGACUGAGUCUGAGUCUGGAGCUGAGCCCACAUCGUGGUCCACUGCUACUGAUGCUGCUACUACUAAUGCUGCUACUGCUGCUGCUGCUGCUGCGGUGGAUCGUCGACCGAGCGACACCCAAGCGACGCGACGCGCCCCGCAAGUCACCAUUACCAUCGAGGAAGCCGAGGACGAUCAUCAUCAUCACACAGUCGGAGAUGAUGACAAUGACACACACACUCAGUUGGGCGACUUUCGACGGCGCACAGUCGACGACAACGACGAGGGCUUCGAUCGACGCUCGUUCAUCAUGGCGCUGGAUGCGAGCAAUGCCGCCGACGCGCUGUCCAUGCUCGAUUACCAGGCUGAGGUGGACGGAGGGGACUCGACCGUCAUCAAGUCACACGUCCCGCCACCACGGCCCCACGUCGCUCUGCAGCCAGGCGUGCUGUACACGCUGGUCCCAGCGGAUGCCGGUGGACAGGAGCACGGGGCGGUUGAUCAGGGACACGUCGACACCCAAUUCAACCAGUCGCGUGACGCCAUCCCGCUUCAGGAUCUGACCAAGAACAGCUCACACAAACACCAAGGGCAGGAUGAGCACGCAACGGAUGCAAAGCAGCAGCAGCAGCAGCAGCAGCAGCAGCCAAGAAAGCAACGACCAAAGAGCACGCUCGAUGCUGCAGGCUGGUUUAGCGUCUUUACAUUUGCUUGGAUGAGCGAGUUGUUCCGGCAAGGCAAGCGAGCGCCGCUGGAAGACGAGGACAUCCCAAUGCUACCUCAGCAAGACACUGCUGUUGAUGUGACAGACAGGCUGCUAUCGGCUUGGGAAGUCGAGCGCGAGCGUGCCAAGGCCAAAGGGCGCGCUCCCAGUCUCGGUCGCGCCUACAUUCGUGCAUUCGGAGGUCGGUUUGCAGUUGCCGGGUUGUACUGCGUGCUUGAGAACAUUUUCCAGAUCGCCCAACCUGUAUUCCUCGGGUUUAUCAUCACCUUUGUGGCGGAUCCCGAUGCUCCACUUCGAGAUGGAUUGCUUUAUGCGCUCGGUCUUUUGCUAUGUGUUGCCUUCUUUGCCGCGGCUCAUCACCACUACUUUUUCGCAACCAUGCGGCUGGGCAUGCAAUGCCGCGUUGCUGCUGUUGGUGCCAUCUAUCGCAAGACUCUUGCCAUCUCUCAAACCUCACUGGGUCGAAUGACCACCGGUGAAAUCGUCACCAUGAUCUCUGGUGAUGUGCAGCGAUUUGAUUUGACGCUGCCAUUCUUGCACGCCCUUUGGAUGGGCCCGGUGUCGAGCGGCGUCAUCUUGUGGCUCACUUGGCGCGAGGUGGGCCCUUCGGCACUGGCCGGCAUCUUUUCCAUCUUCUGCUUGCUCACACCCGUUCAAGCCUUUUCGGCCAAGCUGUUUGGGCGCUGGCGUUCCAAAACCGCCAAACUCACGAGCGAGCGCGUCCGCAUCAUGAGCGAGGUCAUUUCGGGCAUGCGCGUUGUCAAAAUGUACGCCUGGGAGCCUGCCUUCAACGCAAUUGUGUCGGCCGUGCGAGGGCGUGAAAUGAAGCAAAUCUUCAACGCGGGCUACAUGCGCGGUGCGAACAUGGCCUUCUUUUUCGUUUCGCCGACGUUCAUUGGCUUUAUCACCUUCCUGGCGUACACUCUGUCCGGCAACUACCUGACAUCCAAGAAUGUGUUUGUGACAGUCUCGCUCCUCCAGGUGGUGCGCAUGAACAUGACCCUCUUCUUCCCCGUCGCGCUUCAGGGCAUCUCGGAAACGAUGAUUGCCUUGCGUCGCAUCCAAGCCUUUCUCGAGAUGCACGACUUUGGUGAGCAGAAGCUCGACUGGGGCACCUCGCCCGAGGCGCUGGCGGCCACCAAGUCCAGUCAGGUGCCCCAACACAGCAAGUAUGACAAGCUUGCCAGUUCAGAUUCAGUGCAAACUCCCGACCUCGAGGCGGGUCUGCCUCUCAAGUCCCGCACCUCGUCCGUGCUAAGCCUGGGCUACACACCGGCCGAUUUCCCUUCUGGCGCACCCGGUGCAGAGGUGCUGGCCGAGUACGCACACGAGCCGCGGUUUAUUCACGUCGAUCACUUGCUCGCGUCGUGGGACGAGACUGAGGUUCUUGUGCGACGCGGUGAAAUCAAGCGAGCUCGUGCAGCUGCCAACAAGACUGCGCGUCUUGCCAAGGCGGCGAGUGCGUCUGGCGAUGCAAAGCCCGUUGUUCGCCGUAAGAGCAGCAAGUUGCUCCGUUCGAGCAAUCCAAGCACUGGCGAUGCCGCCGACAAAAGUAACGCGGGCACCGAUGACAAGAAGACAAAGUCGUCCGAUCCUCCGCUGCCCGUAGAAGGCGAGUCUCGCGUCACGCUUGAAGAUGUUGGCUUUCAUGUCAGCCCCGGCCGUCUUCUGGCAGUCAUCGGCCCUGUCGCAUCUGGCAAGAGCUCGUUGCUGUACGCCCUUCUCAAUGAGCUGCCCGCAGUGGCUGGUACAGUGACAAUCAAGGGUCGGAUUGCCUACGCUGCCCAGGAGUCGUGGAUUAUUGCAGGCACUCUCCGCGAGAACAUUACUUUCGGUCUGCCUUUUGACCAGGCCAAGUUCGACCGUGUUACAGCAGCCUGUGCGCUUGACCGCGACAUUGCGUCGUUCGAGAACGGUGAUUUGACUGAAAUUGGCGAGCGUGGUGUCACCCUGUCUGGCGGGCAGCGCGCGCGAGUCUCGCUCGCUCGAGCAGUGUACUUUGAUGCCGACGUCUAUCUGCUCGACGAUCCUCUCAGUGCCGUUGACGCCCAUGUGGGCCGGCAUCUCUACGAGCACUGCAUCAACGGCAUUCUGCGCGACAAGCCUCGCAUUCUGGUCACGCACCAAGUGCGCUUCCUCGAAGACGCCGAUGAAAUUCUCAUGCUUCGCAAUGGCCAAAUUGAGGACAUCGGGACGUAUCAGGAUUUGCUUGCGCGUGGUCACGAUCUUUCCGACACUGGUACCCAGACGCCCAACGUGCAUUCGGAAGUCCCCGAGGAGGCUGCGAAGAGUGCUUCCGCUCCGCUUGUUGCGGCUGUGACUUCCAAGCUCCAAGACAACAAGGAGGCCAGCCAACCGGCCGCUGGAUCUGGCCAGCUGGUUCAGAAAGAAACCAAAGCGACUGGUGUUGUGUCGUUGAAGGUCUACUGGGACUUUUUCCGCGCAGCUGGUCCUCCGAUCGUGUUUUUCAGUCUCAUCUUGAUUUGCAUGCUGGCCCAAGGGUUGCUUAUGGGUGCGGAUUACUACUUGUCGUACUGGUCUAACAUCCCCGUGGCAGAUCGAAACAACGACGAGCAUCUUGGAAUCUUCGGAGGGUUGCUGUGCGCUGCAAUGGUGGGAGCGGUUGCUCGCGCCGUCUUCUUCUUCCAUGUCACGCUGACUGCAUCGCGCAACUUGCACGACUCCAUGUUUGCACGACUCUUGCGGGCGCCCAUGAGCUUCUUUGACACCAACCCGACGGGUCGUGUGCUCAACCGAUUCUCAAAGGACAUUGGCUUGAUUGACGAGACGAUGGGCCUGACCUUUUUCGACUUUGUCCAGUGCUUGCUCUUGGUUGUGGGCUCCUUGCUCCUCGUCGCCGUGCUGAAUCCGUGGGUGUUUAUUGCGAUGCUUCCGCUCGUCCUCGGUUUUGCCUGGCUUCGCGGCUACUACCUCGUGACUGCGCGAGAGAUCAAACGCAUCGAGGGCAUUACUCGCUCGCCCGUCUUUUCUCAUUUCUCCGCCACCAUCCAAGGCAUCUGCACCAUCCGUGGCUACAACGUCACCAAGCCAUUUUUGGCAGACUUUCAGCGGUACCAGGACGGACACACACGGACGUGGUUUGUCUUUUUGGGCUCGGCGCGUUGGCUCGGAUUCCGAUUGGAUGUUCUCAGCAUCCUGUUUGUGGCCGUGGCCGCGUUCGCAGCCGUGUUGGCACGCUCGUCGCUCGAUCCUGGCAUCGUGGGCCUGUCCCUCUCCUAUGCCAUCCAGCUGAACGGCAUCUUCCAGUGGUGUGUGCGACAAAGUGCCGAGGUCGAGGCGCUGAUGACCUCGACCGAGCGCGUGCUCGAGUACACACGGCUCCCCGAGGAGGCGGAAGACGAAAUCGAGGCCACCAAGCCCGCCCCGGAAUGGCCGCCUGCCGGUGGAGUGUCCUUCCAAGGUCUCACCAUGUCCUACCGCCCUGGCCUUCCGCCCGUGCUUCGCAAUCUCCAGUGCCGGAUUGCAGGUGGCGAGAAGGUUGGUAUCGUUGGUCGCACUGGUGCUGGCAAGAGCUCUCUCAUGCAAGCCCUCUUCCGACUGACCGAACCCACUGAGGGCUUGAUUGAAAUCGAUGGCGUCGACACGAACAAGCUCGGAUUGCGACACUUGCGGUCCAAAAUUUCAGUCAUUCCGCAAGAGCCGGUGCUCUUUAGUGGCACGCUUCGUGGCAACCUGGAUCCGUUCAACCAGCACUCGGAUUCCGAGCUGUGGGAGGCACUCGAGCAUGUUCAGCUCAGCACCGCAAUCAAGGAGCUGCCCGACCAGCUCAAUGGUCGCAUUUCCGAGGCUGGUGGAAACAUGAGUGUCGGUCAGAAGCAGCUCAUUUGCUUGGCGCGUGCCAUUCUCCGCCGCAACAAAAUUCUCGUUCUGGACGAAGCCACCGCCAGCGUGGACCUCGUCACGGACGAGUUGAUUCAAAAGACCAUUCGAGAGCAGUUUGCGGACUGCACAGUGUUGACCAUUGCCCAUCGUCUGAACACUGUGAUGGAUGCCGACAAGAUCUUGGUGAUGGAUCGCGGCCAAGCGCUCGAGUUUGACGAGCCGCAUGUUCUUCUCACACGUCCCUCGGCCGAGGGAGGUGUCUUUUUAUCUCUUGUCAACGAAACCGGCCCCUUCAAUGCACAAAUCAUCAAGCAAGCUGCCCGAGCCAAGCACGAAGAGCGCAAGAUGCAACGACAGUAACUUUCUGAGGGCCCUCUUGUCCUUCCUCACCGCUCGCAGCCGUCGUCUUUCUUUCAGAGCUUAGAUAAUUUCCCCACCCCCUCUGUUUUCCUCUUGAGUGUACCAUUGUCUCUGUAUUAUUACUACAAGUGUA